GCCUCACACCAUCCGCCCAACAUGAGAGCUGUUGUGUGGCUGUCUUUGGCGGCAUGCGGCGCUGUCCUCUGCACUGCCGCCGCCGCGUCCGCCCUCUUGACCGUCCUCGCCUUCAUCCCCAUCUUCAACAUUAUCGCCAUCCCGUCACUCAUUGGGAGUCUGCUCCUCCUCAUCCACACCCUUCCAUUCGCAACUUAUCUCUUGCUCGCACAGACCGACGCGCCCAAGCACAAGGGCACCCUCUUCUUGCCAUUCAGUCCAUCACGUCACCUCGGCAUCCUCGUCGCCGUCUCCUCCUACCUUCGUGCAGUGAUCACACUCGCCCCCAAGUUCGUCCUCACAGUCAUCCGCACGGCAUGGGAGCUCUGGAGAUUGCCUCCACCCGACGAUAGGUCUGAGAGACCCGAGCUGUCCUAUUCCGCCACGACAGGAUGGUGGUGGAAUAGAUAUGCAAGCUUCGGAGUCAAGUAUCAAAAGCCAAGGCGUCAAGGCGUAGCGUGCCGCCUCGACAUCUUCCGUGCCCAGCCGAGCGACUCAGCUUCACUCAGUUGCUCGCCAGAUGGCGAGGGUUUGCAUGCUUCCCCGCGGUCCAGCGGUAGCUUUGUGACCCUUCCCGAUGUCGACCCCGGGAGUAGAGUUGACCUGAGCGACUUCCCUCAACACAUCUGGAGCCAGGUGCCGAUGGGUUCACCGAUCGAAGAGGAGAACAGCAAUCUUCGGCCUGUCGUCGUGUUUCUCUAUGACGUCGGGAUGAUGGGGCCUAUUCACCCCCGUCGCUGGAUGUUCAGCCUCAAUGGGCUCCUACUGGCAAAGCAAGGAUAUGUCGCCGUUAUCCCAGAUAUUACAACUUACCCGACUGGCCAGAUGGCCGACAUGGUGGCGGAUGUGCGGGCUACACUUGCGUGGGUGCACGCGGAGAUCCGCAACUACGGUGGCGACCCAUCACGCAUCUUCUUGUGCGGUCAUGGUCUCGGUGCCCAUUUGGGAAUGUACACCAUCGCUCAGGAUGUGGUAGUACAUUCGCGUGACAAGGUUGAGCUUCAUAACGCCGCUGUCGACUGGGCUAGCAGAGGCUACAAACCCGACCCGGUCACGGCGGUGGCUGGUCGCGAAAUCCCGAACGGCGUGAAGGCUCUGCGCAUCUACGGCUCGGACGUCGAACUCCCGCCCGUCAAGGGCGUGAUCCUGCUUUCACCCGUCGCGGACGUAAUCAAGCAGGUGCGCCACGAGGCGAGAUGCUGGCUGGAGCACGUGUCGCCGCUCCGCCGGUCUCUGGGUUCGAGCCAGACGCGCUGCAUGCGCCACUCCCUUGGCCACAUCCUCUUCGCCGCCAAGGACAUUGUUGACGUCAACCUUCUCCCUCACAGUGCGCUCAUUCUUCACGGCAAAAGCAACCAGCUCGUGCCGGAAUGGCAGGGCACAUGGCUCGCCGAGCUGCUCCGUGGCUUCGAUUUUGAUGUCACGCUCCAAGCGUAUUCGCGCCUGGGACACUUUGACGUCGUCACGAACCUCAUGGCGGGGUUCGAGAGCCGGUCCACGCCGUUUCUGUUGGAGGAGAUCCGGUCGUUCAUCGACAGCUCAGCCUAGCUUAUCG